GAACUUAAAAAGGUUAUGUAUGAUAGGAGUAAUAAUUAUUAAGUUUUUACAAGGACCAGCUAACUUCUCUAAAAUGUUAAAUACAUUUAACUCAUGAUAGACCGAAUGUGUUCACCAACAAUUGAGUUUAGAUUUCAUAAUAAUUAAUCAGGUUUACAUGCAAUCUGAAUGGAAUUUUAUUCAGAAAUUAAGGACUUAGUGACUGUGUCAAAUCAAAACAAGGCUACAUUUUGGCCAAGGACCUAUUCCUAAAAGUUUAAUAUGACGAAACUUCUGUUAGCAUUUUACUUUUUUCUCACCGUCAAUUGCUCCAUCCACAAAAAUGUCAAAUACUUCGAAACCCUACAUGCUUCAGAAUUAACCCACAAUGUAUUAAAGCAUGGUUUGAAAGAGAGCGCACAUCCUUUUAAUAGAAUUAGAGAAGUCUCCUUUAAAACUCUGGGAAGGCACUUCAGACUUAUUUUAACGCCAAGGAAGAAUGUAAUUCACUCCAAGUUUGAAGCUGUUGCUGUGGACGGAGAAGGGAACGAGACUCCAGUCGGGGUUGAACAUGAAGACUUCUACGAUGGACGAGUGUUUGGUGAGUCAUGGUCCGAUGCCAGUGUCCAUAUGAAGGAUGGAGUUUUGACUGCUACGAUACAACUGGCAGACGAAACAUACAAUAUUGAGCCGUCAUGGCGACAUCUACAUCAUCUGGACAACCAGUCUAUGGUGACUUACAAAGCCUCUGAUGUGCAGUUCAGUUGGGACCAACCUGACCAUCCACAUCAACCUUGCGCUUAUGUCAAGGAGGAGACAGGAGAAGGAGUAGAUGAUGAGGACGUAGAAGUUUCCAGUGUGAGAGGGGAGGGAGAGGAAGCUGGUAAGGCUCGUUGGCGAAGACAAGCCGACCAAUACGAGUACACUCCCACCAAGACACGAUGUCCACUGCUGUUAGUGGCUGACUAUCGUUUCUACCAGGAGAUGGGCGGCAGCAACACGAAAACCACCAUCAACUAUCUGAUCAGUCUGAUCGACAGAGUUCACAAGAUCUACAACGAUACGACGUGGCAAGACAGAUCUGACCAGGAUGGGUUUAAAGGGAUGGGAUUUGUCAUCAAGAAGAUCGUAGUUCACUCGGAGCCAACAAGGGUGAGAGGAGGCGAGGCACAUUACAAUAUGGUCAGGGAGAAGUGGGACGUUCGCAACCUACUGGAGGUUUUUUCCCGCAACCGAGAACUGCGGAAAUUCUGUCUGGCGCAUCUGUUCACACAUCAGACGUUUGUGGCCAAGCAAGGAUUAGCGACAGUGCUAGGCCUAGCGUACAUAGCUAGUCCUCGGGCAUACUCUACAGGGGGCAUCUGCACUAACGAGUAUUUCAAGAAUGGCUACACGCUGUACCUCAACUCGGGGCUGAGUUCCAGCAGGAACCACUACGGGCAGCGUGUGAUCACUCGCGAAGCAGAUCUGGUGACGGCUCAUGAGUUUGGUCACAACUGGGGUUCGGAGCACGAUCCAGACAUACCCGAGUGUAGCCCUAGUGCCAGCCAGGGUGGCUCAUUCCUCAUGUACACUUACAGUGUCAGUGGUUACGACAUCAACAACAAGAGAUUUUCACCAUGCAGUCUGAGAUCCAUCCGCAAAGUCUUGCAAGCCAAGUCCGGCCGUUGCUUCUCCGAACCUGAAGAAUCUUUCUGCGGCAACCUUCGAGUGGAAGGUGACGAAGAAUGCGAUGCUGGAUUGUUAGGAACUGAAGAUAACGACGCGUGCUGUGACAAGGUCUGCAAACUACGGCGCAACUCUGGAGCUGUCUGCAGUGACAAGAACUCACCCUGCUGUCAGAACUGCAAAUACAUGUCUGCAGGCUUCACAUGUCGCGAGGCUCAGUACGCAACGUGUGAGCAGGAGUCUCGCUGCUCAGGACUGUCAGCUGAGUGCCCUCGGUCCCCGCCUAUGAGUGACGGCACCGGGUGUCUAGAGAGGGGCCAGUGCCGCGGGGGCAAGUGUGUACCUUACUGUGAGACUCAGGGCAUGCAGAGCUGUAUGUGUGACAUCAUUAGUGAUGCUUGUAAGAGAUGCUGCAGAAUGAACAUGAACGACACCUGUUUCCCAGUCGACCCAUUGGACAUUCUACCUGAUGGAACACCCUGCAUACAAGGGUUUUGUAAUAAGGGUGUUUGUGAGAAGACAAUACAAGACGUGGUGGAAAGAUUCUGGGACAUCAUCGAGGACAUCAACAUCAACAAAGUGCUGCUGUUCCUCAGAGACAACAUCGUGGGAACCGUUAUUCUAGUGACUGCACUUGUCUGGAUACCAGCCAGCUGUUUGGUCAGCUACUUUGACCGCAGACGUCUCCACAAGGAAGAGAAGCGGCGAGAAUGGAGCGAAACUGAUGCCUUCAUGCAUCCCAACGACACUCGACGCACAAUCAUCCACACUCGAAUCACUCGGAAAAACAGAGUUACCCCACAACUACAACAACAGUAUUAGAGGCAGGGACAACUUCAAUUAGGUUAAGUUUAGGCUACUUUAAGGUCUGGUGUUAGUUGUUAUAUUUUUGCAAACUCUUCCAUUUAGGUAUUUUGAACACUCCACAUUUUCAAAUAGUUGAAGUUGGAAACCAAAUGUGUAGUUUUUAAUAUACAAUCAAAUAGUUUUUGUGUUAAGUGUAACAUUUAAUUGUUCAUUAUCUAUGGAAAAUCCACUGAGUGGUAAGAACAAAACUAUAACUUUUAAGUACUUAAUUUUGUGUAGUUUUUGUACUUCUUGUGACAAAUUAGUGUAAAAAUUAUUUGUACUAUUUUGUAAAUGCUUUAGUUAGGUUUAUGUUUAUGGUGAAGGUUAGAAAAAUAAAUGAUAUUAGGAAUAAUUUUCAAUACAAAAUAACCAAAAAUCGGAUUGAAUCUUAGUUUGUAAGAUGAAUUUAGAAUAACCAGAUCAAACUAUAAUAUGAAGCACUGUGAACAAUAUUUAGUUUCUAUUUUCUAUAUAAUUACUGUGUUCCGGAAUAGGCUAUUUAUUGUGUUAUUCAUUUGUUAUGUUUGGCAUUGUUCAAAUGGGCCAAAACAGCAAACCUGACAAUUAUUUAAAUAUGCAUUUGAAGUUACGGUUAUCAAUCUAAUUAUAUAUUAAACAGAAUAAUCAACGGAUAGUUAAAAACAAUAAACUUUUAAAUUCAUCAAAUCUUGCAAUAUUACUUCAGUCAAAUGGAAAAAUUCAAACAAUUUUCUUGCUAUUAUAGCUUUUUGUAUUGUUUCAAUGUUUAUCAUUUAACUUGUAUUAAAUGGUUGAGUAGUCUAUAAUUUACAUCAAAGAUGAUAUAUUAGCUUUUUAUUGGGAUUCAUUUACGUUUUACGUGACACCUAUUAUGUUACCAGUGAACAGAUCAGGUGUCCGGAGAAAAAAAAAAACACCAUGGUAGUAGGCCUAGUAUAGUGUUCAUUACAUUUUAAAUAUUUAUGUUGAGAUAAAAGAUAAAACUAAAAAUUGGUUUGAUUGCAUUUAUAUUAACAAAAUAUACAAUGUUUUAUGUUUUGUUUAUUUCAAUCAAUUAUCAAUUAUUAUUUAUUUUAGAUGGGGUUUAACCCAAAUAUGAGUGAAGGAUGAGUUUACAUUAUUUGUAAACCAAUGGUUGUGUUUAUUAUGUUAAAGUGAAGUUAAUUUGAAUUAAGUAAUAUCUCUUGAAUAAAUUGCAUUAAAUCAUUGAAUACUUCAAAACAAUUUUGCAAUUUACUGUAUUAUUAGCAACUAAGAUACACAGGUGUAUUACAGCAUUAUUAUAUUGUAUGUCUUUAUUUUGCUGAAUAUUAGAUGUGUGGAUGCAAUUAUCAUGUGCAAUGUUUAGUCAUUUUUUAUGACAUGUUUAAUCUUUGUUACCAAAAAAAUAUGUUCUAUGACUUAAGAAGUUACUUUUCCUAGUCCAAGUGAGGUAGUAAUGAAAACAAAUAUAUUUUCUUUUAUAUUAUUUA